AUGAAGUUGCCAUAUAUUCACCUGAGCGGGCUUCUGUCUGCAGGGAAAGUCCUAGCCGAUCUUGUAACACCAAGAGAUUUGCUUGUUCCCAAUGCUGGUCCGAACUGCCAGCAGGCGUGUGAGACAUUGGCAUCUGAGUUGCCCGACAGGGUGUACUAUGAAGCACUGGACAGCAAUUUUACGAUUUGGGACCAGAAACAAUUUCAGACCGUGUAUGUCUGCCGUGUCGAGCCCAAUUCAACCGACGAGGUCUCCGAAGUUCUACAAGUCCUUGUGAACAACUGGUGCAAAUUCGCCGUAAAAUGUGGUGGCCACUCGCGAUAUCCGGACGACUCUGUCUCUAUUGGCGGAGUCACCAUCGACCUAGGCUUAAUGAACACUAUAGUCAUCUCAGAUGACCGAACGACUGCCCGUAUUGGAGGCGGAUCUCUCACGAAACAGGUAUUUGCUGCUCUUGAUAUGUUCGGUCUGGCCUAUAUUGGGGGAAGAGUCGGCCAAGUUGGUAUGGGCGGGUUCACCCUUGGCGGUGGUACAUCUGUACUGUCGGCAAAAUAUGGAUGGGCUUUAGAUCAUGUAUUGGAGUAUGAGGUUGUACUACCAAACGCGACGAGUGUUACAGUAUCUGAAUGCUCCCAUCCCGAAUUGUAUUACGCUCUUCGAGGUGGUGGUAACAACUUCGGCAUUGUAACGUCUUUCAAUGUUAGUGUGUUUCCUCAAGGCCCUCUAUACGCUGGGUCGCGGACCUUUGCCGAUGAUCAAACGAGUCGCUUCCUCGAAGAAGCCGAAAAGAUUUUUACGAUAGAGGACUUCGAAGAUACAAACAUCGGCCUCGAAUACCGAUAUACAUUCUCCGCCCGGAAUGGCUGGACUAUGUCGAGCACUCAGCGCUACGCUGAGCCUGUAAUGAACCCCCCGGUGUUUGAUGCUCUUAAUAGUAUCCCGGCUUUAGGAAACCUCACGGGAGGUAUCAGUAGCUUAGCAAGCAGCACAAGCUUCAGCGGGCCAUUGGGAAAUACCAGAAAUCUCUUUGCCUAUCUGACGCACUAUCCAUCUGUGGAGUUAAGCAAGCAAGCCCUUGCCAUUCUUAAAGAUAUCACAGAAAGAGGAAACUUGACCAGCCUCAAUCCGCAGCUAAUCACAUAUUCCAUUCCCGCCAUGACAAUGCAGAUGUCGAAGACUAGAGGGGGUAAUGCUCUCGGCCUUGACGUUGAGGGACAUCUCAUUAUCAAUCUUUUUGCUCUCAGUUGGACCGACAGAGCCAUGGACAAUGCUGCAUACGCUUUUGCGGACAGCUUUAUUGCACAAUUUCGCGCAGCGGCAGAAAAUGUUGACGCCUUUCAUCCAUUUAUUUACAUUAACUAUGCCAACAGAGGACAAGAUGUUUUUGGUGGUUACGGGCAAGAGAACCAGCAGAGAUUAAUCGAGGUUUCGAGAGCAAUUGACCCGCGUGGUAUUUUUACGUCCUCGGGACUCUGGACUGGAUUUUUCAAGGUACGAUGA